CUUUCAAACUCGAAAGUUGUCGUUGUUUACUCCCGCAAGUCAGAGAACGGUGGAGAUGAAGGAGGACACUAAACGGAACCUAUCACCAGCAAAUGUCCCAUACAUCUCGAGAGAUAGAGAAGGAGGAGAACACUAAGCGGGACCUAUCACCAGCGAAUAUCCCAUACAUCUCGACGAGAGGCCUAUCGAGAAAAACCUCCUCCCAUAAAUGAACACACACACACACAAAACCCAAUACAUUUCAACACAAAAAGCCAAGAAAAAACAAAAAAAAAAAAAAACUGAGCUGUACUUAUUCUCCACCCAAUUCAAGUCCCUUCAAAAGCUCAACAACUUGGAGCUCCAUCAAUGGCAGACUUAGAUCACCAUAAUCAAAUGGCCGUUCCAAUUCCCAAAGUCAUCACUUUCCUGUCCUCCCUUUUGCAGAGGGUGUCGGAGUCCAAUGAUCAAAGCCAUCAGCUUCAUAGCGCGGCUAAAGUUUCAGCCUUUCAUGGCUUGACAAAGCCCACCAUUUCGAUCCAAACCUACUUGGAGAGGAUAUUUAAGUACGCUAAUUGCAGCCCCAGCUGCUUCGUCGUGGCUUAUGUUUAUCUUGAUCGGCUCGCUCAGCGCCACCCUUCUUUGCCCAUUGAUUCCUUCAAUGUUCAUCGGCUUCUCAUUACCAGUGUUCUUGUUUCCGCCAAGUUCUUGGAUGACUUGUGUUACAAUAAUGCUUACUAUGCGAAAGUGGGUGGAAUAAGCAGGGUGGAGAUGAACCUUCUUGAAAUCGAUUUCUUAUUUGGUUUAGGGUUCCAACUUAACGUGACACCGAACACUUUUCACACUUACUGUUCUUAUCUCCGACCGGAAGUGUUAUCGACGCAAUCCAAUCUUCCGAUCCCCAUAAAAUUUUAUUCCUUUCCCGAAGAUGAAGCGUCUCAUCAUAAACAAUUGAUAGCUUAAAUCACAUGAAAUGAUCGAUUAGAAGCAAUCGUGGCAUGGCACAACGGCCUCUCCCUCGGCUUUGAGCUGGGGAUGUGGACCUUUUUGGGCUUUAAUGUGGGCUUUUUUUGGGCCCAAGAACCCACCCUAAUUUUUGCCUCUCUUGUAGUUGGACAUUUUUGCCCUCCAUGUCUGUUGUGUAGAAUUGUAUUUUGGUUGUUUGUGAGUAUAAAUAUUGUAAUUUUUGUUUAAUUCAAUCUAUUUGUGAAAAUUUAAAUGUUC